AUGAAGUUCUCGACUGCUGCCAUCAUCGCCGCACUCUUCGCACUCGCAUCGGCGCAGAACUCGACCGGCAGCGGAGGAAACUCGACCCAGUAUGCCGCCGGUCUCUUGCAGGCCCUCCAGGCUGCCAACUUGACGACCCUCGCGAGCCUCGCCCAGGCCAAUGCGGCAACCCUCCUCCCUCUCCUCCAGAACGGCAACCACACCGUAUUCGCGCCCUCAAACGAAGCGUUCGCCGCCCUCCCGCAGAACGUGACGAGCAACCAGGCCCUCGUCGCCAACACCCUCCUCUACCAUGUCUACAGCGGAGACCUCAUGAGCAACGGCUCGGGACACCAGAUCCUCCGCUCGGCGCUCAACGACUCGAUGUAUGUCCAGCUGCCCGGUAACCAGUCGCAAGUCGGCGUCUUCAUGACCAACGGAAACUCGUCGUCGAACGGCAACAACUCGUCGAUGAGCAUGAUGCCUCAGCAAGUUACCUGGAUCGGCGCGACGCAGAACGUCACCUCGACCAUGGCUACUCAGUACCAGAACUUGAACGUCUACGUCGUCCCCCAGGUUCUCUCGAUCCCGAUGAACCUCACCGCGACCGCCCAAGCCGCCGGCUUGACCAACCUCGUCGGCGCGCUCCAGCAAUACGCUCCUCAGGCCGUCCCCGCCCUUGCGUCCGCGAGGGGAAUCACCGUUUUCGCGCCUGUCGACAGUGCUUUCCAGGCAGCCAUGUCGAUGAUUGGACAGCUUAACCAGACUCAGAUUGCCGAUGUCUUGCUCAACCACGUCCUCAACGGCACCGUCGCCUACUCGACCCAACUCGGCUCGGCAGGCAACCUCACCACCGCCGGCGGCGCCCCAAUCUCCUUCAUGACCAACUCGACCGGUGCUUUCGUCAAGACGAGCAACGCGACGGCUCAGAUCAUUCGUGCCGACAUUCCGAUUAGCAACGGUGUCGUCCACUUGAUUGGGUCGGUCCUCGCGAAUGCCGAGUCGAACCCUCAAGCUGCUGCCUCUGCCGCCUCGUCCGCCUCCAAGGCCGGCGCCUCGCAAACCGGCAUGCAGACCGGCGCAGUCACCGCAACCGGCUCGUCGCCCUCCGGCUCCUCGAAGCCCUCGAGCGGCGCAGGCUCGCUCGACAUCACCAAGUCGCUCACGCUCGGUGGCGCGCUUGCGGCUGUCGGAGCGCUCGUCUUCGCUUGA